AAAAGAAAAGUAUAAAAAAUCCCCCACCGAAAAACCCUAAAACCCAAAGCCCUCAAAGUCGCCUGCUCCAGUUUUGCUGGGAGACAUCAUACUCAAAUUUCCCUUCUUUCCGUUCCUGAAUUUCGCAGUUGCUCGAAAUUAAGUCAUCAAUGGCUAUGGAGAUGGAUGUAGAGCAUAGGGAAACAAUCAACAAUGUUAUGAUCCUCUUGACCGAUCCCGAAGGCACGCCGUUGGGAGCUCCCAUGUAUCUUCCCCAAAAUGCAGGGCCUCAGCAGCUUCAGCAGAUGGUCAAUAAGCUUCUCAACAAUGAGGAGAAGCUACCGUAUGCUUUUUACGUAUCUGACCAGGAGCUUAUUGGUUCACUUGGUGCCUACUUAGAGAAAAACAAAGUCUCUGUUGAGAAGGUGCUUACUGUAGUUUAUCAACCACAAGCAGUAUUCCGCAUACGUCCUGUUAGUCGUUGUUCAGCAACAAUUUCUGGUCAUGCUGAAGCUGUUCUUUCUGUUUCUUUUAGCCCUGAUGGGCGACAGUUGGCAAGUGGUUCAGGUGACACUACAGUUCGGCUAUGGGACAUUUAUACGCAGACACCAUUGUUCACCUGUACAGGGCAUAAAAAUUGGGUUCUUUCUAUUGCCUGGUCACCGGACGGGAAGCAUCUUGUAAGUGGGAGCAAAGCUGGUGAACUUUUUUGCUGGGAUCCACAGACGGGGAAGCCAUUGGGCAAUCCACUCACUGGCCACAAAAAAUGGAUUACUGGUAUUUCGUGGGAACCUUUGCAUCUAAGUGCACCAUGCCGUCGCUUUGUGAGUUCUAGCAAGGAUGGUGAUGCACGCAUAUGGGAUGUUUCUUUGAAAAAAAGUGUUAUAUGUCUCAGUGGUCAUACUCUUGCAAUAACUUGCGUCAAAUGGGGUGGAGAUGGAGUUAUAUAUACAGGUUCUCAGGAUUGUACUAUUAAGGUUUGGGAAACUAAGCAAGGAAAACUAAUACGUGAAUUGAAGGGACAUGGUCAUUGGGUUAACUCUCUUGCACUAAGCACCGAAUAUGUUCUCCGCACAGGAGCUUUUGAUCAUACAGGGAAACAGUUCUCUUCUCCAGAGGAAAUGAAGAAGGUUGCUUUAGAAAGGUAUAAUAAGAUGAAAGGCAAUGCUCCGGAAAGAUUGGUUUCAGGAUCUGAUGAUUUUACGAUGUUUCUAUGGGAACCUGCAGUUAGCAAGCAACCUAAGACACGUAUGACAGGCCAUCAACAGCUUGUGAAUCAUGUUUAUUUCUCACCUGACGGACAAUGGGUGGCCAGUGCAUCCUUUGAUAAGUCUGUGAAACUGUGGAAUGGCAUUACUGGAAAAUUUGUUGCUGCUUUUCGGGGUCAUGUAGGGCCUGUCUAUCAAAUCAGUUGGUCUGCUGAUAGUAGGCUUCUUUUGAGCGGCAGCAAAGACUCCACCCUGAAGAUUUGGGAUAUCAGAACACACAAGUUAAAAGAAGACCUUCCAGGCCAUGCAGAUGAGGUUUUUGCUGUUGAUUGGAGUCCAGAUGGUGAGAAGGUGGCUUCUGGUGGCAAGGACAAAGUAUUAAAGCUAUGGAUGGGCUAGGGGUUAGCUGAGGGUGCCAAUUCAAUUGUAUUUGUGGAAGUUUAAAAACGGUGUCACUGAAUGCAAGCGUCAGAAUCGCACUGCCAAAGGGGCAUAGAUGUCGAAUGAUAUAAAGACAAGCAAAAGGGAUGGCAAGCAGAACCAGCAUACAGGUUGGAUUUUGCACUAACAUUUUGGUUGUGCUGUGGCUGCUGAUUUUAAGCAGGAUUUGGGGUUGGGUCUCGACCGUUGGCUCACUCGCUUCUUUGGACAACCGCUGCAGAUACUGUCUGGAGAAUAUGCAGUACAUGACGUGAUAUCCUAAUCUUUGUCUUGGCUGGUUUAUCAUAUACUACAAUUUUAUGUUAACAUAUCCACCAGCAUUUGUAAUUUUCAUUUUCCAUUGCUUAUUAUAUCCUUUUGACUCUAAUAAUAGAAUUGAUGCUAACUUAUACUAUAGAAUUGUUAGCCGUUUAAUAUUUGGGCAGUAGAUUUUCUCUCGGUGAAGUCAUUUUUGGGGGAGAGACCGCGCUUUUGGGAUCUGCGUGCUCCUUGGUUAGAACCACUAAGGGGUUCUAAUGGUUUGGACUUGAGUAGACUGAAAAAAGACAUCCAACCUUGGCAAGAACGACGUUCCGCAGAAUAUAUGACCCAUGCUCCUUUAGGUUCUUUAAAUUCCGUGGGGGGCGUAGCGACCGAAAUUAAUGCAGAUAAUUCUGUCUCUGCGAAGUGCAUUUUUUGAACCGAUGAAAGCUACAUAAAGUUGUAUUAAGGCAACCUCAAUCAUCAGUUAUUUUCAGUUGAGUUUUGUUGA